CACCUCAGAAGAGCAGAAACACGAGAGAGAGUGAAUUCAUAGAGCUUCGGUUUUCGCACAAAAUCGAUGAGUGAUAAAAUUAGAAUGGUUUUUUUAUCCUGGAGGCGACCGGUUGAUAUCUGAUGUGCGCAUUACGAAGCAGUGCCGCGAACGUCUUAAAGAGAGCGACCUAGUCCACGACUCAGCCAGAUUCGGUAACCCUAAUUUUUCUUGUUCGGUUUCUAACAAUUUUAAGACGCUCGGUUGUUGUCGUAUUUACCGAACAGGACACCGAUUAUGGCUUGUCUCAUUACCGUCACUAUGCCGCUCAAAGGAUCGAUCGGGACUAUUUCUUUGCCCCGGAUCUUAUCGCCGUUAGGAAAGAGAAAGAGAAAUCGCAGAGACACCUGUGUUUUUCGUCGAUCUCCGUCAACCAACCGGUCGGAGAAGGAAGACGUCCAAUUUCUUUUGUUUCAGAUAGGCGGGACUGUGCACGUAAAUCUUUAGCUCGUCAAUGGCGGAACCAGUCGAGACUUUUUCGAGCUCUUACCAUUCUAGCGGUUGCGACGAUGGCAGCAGCAUUGGCGGCCGCGAGGCCAUCUUCACUACUUUUCCUCAACAUACAAUCCACCACGACCAGGCGGCGGGUGUUCUCUCCUCUGGGUUCUCUGUCCUCGUCUCUUCCACCGCCAAACACGAGAAGCCUAGUCCUUUAUUCAAAGCCUGGUUGCUGUUUGUGCGAUGGCCUCAAAUAGAAGCUCCAAGCUGCUUUCUCCUUCUCCAACCCUCCAACCCUUCAUGACAUCAACCUCCAGGUGAGGGAUAUCACCACAAUCCUGAUUGGGAGAAAGCUUACCAGUACGAGAUCCCUGUGCUCGCCAAACUCAAUCCGGGUGUCACCAUUCAUUGGACCGAUUGUAGGACUCCCCACGAAUACCCUUAUUCCUCUUUUCUGCAUGGGCGAAGUAAAUGAAAAAAAUCAUGGUCCAUUUAAAUUUUGCGUCCAUUAUGGAAUCAUUCAGGCCCAAGGCUUGGGCGGAUUGAACUUUAUAGGUCAGUGGACAAGAUAAAGGUCCACUUAGGGAAAUCAAGCUAAUAUAUGGUGAUUACUGAUGUUCUAGUGCAUCGAAAGUGGGAAGUCAUACUCGAACAAAAGGUUAUUUAAUUG